CAGAAGUAUUUGGCAUGUCAGAGCCGUGCUAUCCUCCACAGGACUUCUUUUCUGAAUAGCUUCCAUUUAAAUGACUUUUAUGAUACACUGCUUCAAUCAAGUCCUCAAAGAACACAUUUGUCUUCAGAUCUGCUGGCAGUUUUGAGAAUCCAAUGAUCUUCGAGGGGACCCUCCACUCAGCCAUCAAAGUGCUCCUGCCUCCCGGGAUGCUCAUAGUUCAAUGGUAGAGGCAGGUGGAGUUGAGAGCAUCACCCAGUGUUCCCAGGAGCUUCCGCAGAUGAUGGCUACAGCAGCUGAUGGUUUGGGGAGUAUAGCAAUAGACACAACCCAGCUCAACAUGUCCGUGACAGAUCCCACAGCCUGGGCUACAGCCAUGAAUAACCUGGGCAUGGUUCCUGUGGGGUUGCCUGGACAGCAGCUCGUGUCUGACUCAAUCUGUGUCCCAGGCUUUGAUCCAGGCCUCAACAUGAUGACUGGAAUCACUCCCAUCAACCCAAUGAUACCAGGCCUGGGGCUGGUACCACCCCCACCACCAACAGAAGUGACUGUUGUCAAAGAAAUAAUCCACUGUAAAAGUUGUACUCUUUUUCCUCAAAAUCCAAAUCUUCCACCUCCUUCCACAAGAGAACGACCUCCUGGGUGUAAAACUGUGUUUGUGGGAGGAUUACCAGAAAAUGCGACUGAGGAAAUUAUUCAAGAAGUCUUCGAGCAGUGUGGUGAUAUUACAGCGAUCCGAAAGAGCAAGAAGAAUUUUUGUCACAUUCGCUUUGCAGAGGAAUUCAUGGUUGAUAAAGCCAUUUACCUUUCUGGUUACCGAAUGCGGUUAGGAUCUAGCACAGACAAAAAGGAUUCUGGCCGUCUUCAUGUAGACUUUGCCCAGGCCAGGGACGACUUCUACGAGUGGGAAUGCAAGCAGAGGAUGCGUGCCCGUGAAGAACGGCACCGGCGCAAGCUGGAGGAGGACCGGCUCCGACCACCCUCCCCACCUGCCAUCAUGCACUACUCCGAGCAUGAAGCCGCUCUGCUGGCUGAAAAGCUGAAAGAUGAUAGCAAGUUUUCCGAGGCUAUCACAGUGCUACUUUCCUGGAUAGAACGAGGCGAAGUGAAUCGGCGUUCUGCAAACCAGUUCUAUUCCAUGGUUCAGUCAGCCAACAGCCAUGUUCGCAGGCUCAUGAAUGAAAAAGCUACCCAUGAACAAGAGAUGGAGGAAGCAAAGGAGAAUUUUAAAAAUGCCUUAACUGGGAUCCUUACUCAAUUUGAGCAGAUUGUGGCCGUUUUCAACGCUUCUACCAGACAAAAAGCUUGGGACCAUUUCUCGAAAGCUCAGCGCAAGAACAUAGACAUUUGGCGAAAGCAUUCUGAGGAGCUCCGGAAUGCUCAAAGUGAGCAGCUCAUGGGCAUUCGCCGUGAAGAAGAGAUGGAAAUGUCUGAUGAUGAGAAUUGUGACAGCCCUACUAAAAAAAUGAGAGUCGAUGAAUCAGCUCUGGCCGCUCAGGCCUAUGCUCUUAAAGAAGAGAAUGACAGUCUCCGAUGGCAACUGGAUGCCUACAGGAAUGAAGUGGAGCUGCUGAAACAAGAAAAAGAACAGCUUUUCCGAACAGAAGAAACCCUCACCAAGGAUCAGCAGCUACAGUUCCUGCAGCAGACUAUGCAAGGCAUGCAGCAGCAAUUGCUGACUAUCCAGGAGGAACUAAACAACAAAAAGUCAGAACUGGAGCAAGCAAAGGAAGAGCAGUCCCACACACAAGCAUUGCUGAAAGUCCUCCAAGAACAAUUAAAAGGUACCAAGGAAUUUGUGGAGACCAAUGGCCACAGCCAUGAGGAUGCAAAUGAAAUCAAUGUAUUGACAGUUGCAUUGGUCAACCAAGACCGAGAGAACAGUAUUGAGAAAAGAAGCCAAGGCUUAAAAUCAGAGAAAGAAGCUCUCCUAAUAGGCAUCAUAUCAACGUUUCUUCAUGUCCAUCCUUUUGGAGCCAAUAUAGAGUAUCUUUGGUCCUACAUGCAGCAGCUGGAUUCCAAGGAAGGUGACAGUUAUGCUGGAAGCGAGCUUCUUUAUGGAGAAAAAAGUUGGGUUGACCAGAAAUCCACCCGAAUUCCUUCUACUCCUCGCUGGGUAGAUGAGGAUCAGGGAGCAGUGGUGAGAGAUAUCUGCCAGCGAAAUCGAAAUGCUUCUGAUGAGGCUGCCACGCAUGUUCAAACAGGAGUUCACCGGCGUGGGAGCAACGCUGGAAAAGAGAUGGAAGUUGUGUGCCUUUGA